AUGUCGAUUCCAAAAGCCGGACAGCACUUCAGGAACACGGUUGCCCUUGGGCCUGCUCUUGGAUUCGUGCCUAUCGCGGUGCAUUUCGACCUAUUCAGUUGUCUGCAAGAAAUCGGCAAACCAGCUACAGCUCAGGACGUGUGUGGAGUUCAUAUGAAGAAAUAUGGAGCCUCAAAUCUCUAUGACACCCUUUUCGUGAUGGGUGGACUCGGCUAUAUCGACCUCCUGCCCGGCGACGUCUACGCCGCCAAAGAAGUAACCGAGUACCUCGUGGCCACGCCCUCCGCCCAGCACGGCGCCCUUCACCUGCUCCUGGCAUCGGCUUUCCUGAUGAAACGGCUGGAAGACACAAACUUCGCCUACCCCUUCAAAGAAUGCGAAACGCCCAUCCAGUAUGCCUACAAGCUCCUGGACAGCUUUAACACAUUCAUGACGGGCAAAUUCGGGCGCUGUGGCACAAUGCCUGACAGAGCUCGCGCCCUGGGCUACGACUUAGACGGACUGAUUUCCAGCACGGAACACCCUAUUAUCGUUGACGGCGGCGGUGUCCGGGGCAGGUUACUCCUAGAGCUGAAAGCAGCUUACUCGAAUAGCCUGGGGAAGGAUAGCCUUGUCUUGCAGGAAUAUAACGCGGAGAUCGGUGCCAUCCCAGACAUCACAGUAAUGACGUGGAAUUACAAGGAAGACGGAAAUGAGCAGCCUGUGAAGGGUGCGCUUAUAUACUCGUUGGCAAAUGUGCUGCAUAAUUUGUCCGACUCGGAGGCAACUAAGCUCCUCAGGAAAAUGGCUAGGGCAAUGAUACCAUCGUCGCGGUUUGUCAUACAGGAGUCCACGAAGAAGGCAGGGUGCGCAACAACCCAUGCGGCGAUGAUCAUUAUGCAUGCUGGAAAAGAGAGGACGGCUGCUGAGUGGAGGGAGCUAGCGGCUUCCUCGGGAUUGAAGGUUACGUUCGAGGCAUAUCCUCCGGUAGGAAAGUGUUUGGUUGAGAUGAUGAAGGUUUCAGAGUGA